GAAGAGGGAGGUAAAAGAGAAGUGAAGAGGAAUCGAGAGAAAAGAGGAGAGAGGGAAGUUUGGAAGGAGAAAAGGUCAUGGAGGGAUAAGAUUGAAGGAAAAUCUUCUUCAGAGGAAGAAGUAGGGAGCUGUCACCAUUGGAAUCGGACCUUUACAAUAAGAGCAAACAUAGGUAUCAAUCGCCACCAUCUCAAUCAGAUAAAGACCGCAAUGAGAUAUCCGAUGAUAUUUACUACUUAUAACGCUUUGAGGUUCCUUGCUUGCAUGUGCGGGAAUGAUGAUGAUGACAAUUCCGUGGCUAAGAUGAAGGAUGCCGAGGAGGCUUUGGAAGCCAGAAGAAGAUAG